AUGGAUUCUGUAGUUCUCGUUAUGAUAAUUAUUGAUCGUAGUAACAGUAUGAAUCAUUGUGAACGGAAAGUUUUCCUCCCGAGGAGAGGAAAAACUAAGAUAAAUGAUAAAUGCAUCAGGAGAAAUAUUCGAGGAAAAUUGGUCAUCUUGUCUACAUGGCCAUCCCAUAAACAACAAAAAUUGGACUUGGCGCAUAGCCUAUAUAGUAAUAGUAUGGCACAAGCGGUAAACAAUCAGCUGGAUAGUUUUGUUGUGUACUAUUCCGCUCCUAGCCAAACCUCAAAUAGACUUUUGUUGUUGACCUAUUGGUAA